UGUGAGCCAACAAAGGCAUCGAUUGUAAUCUGAACCAGACUGAUGAGGAGGAGAGAGCUGCUCUCUCUCUCUCUUAAUACUUAUCCCCCUCCUCCUCUGCCAUCCUCGCCAAUCGCCAUAGCCAACCUCCCUCCACCCCUCAACCCUAAAAACCUGAACGGAAUCCACUUCUCGCCCCCUUCCUUCCCCACAGCAGGCGCCUGCCAGGUGUUUGAGGUGGGGUUGCCAUGGAGCCACCAGUCAAGGAGGAUGCCAUACGCCUCGACUCCAAAGAUUUCUAUGGUUGCAAGUUUGAAAAGUUUGCUCGUUCUGUUGACAACCGGCUGCUCGUCCGUUCUAAUUCAGACCUGCACACAUUCAAGCUGCGUUGGGACAAGAAUCAUUCCGACAGCCAAGCUGUAAGAAGGUGGAUCAAGUAUGCAGUGAAUCAUAACGUGAAAGUUCUCAAUGUGAUCCUUCAUGAUUAUGACGAGAGUGAAUUGCCUCCUGCCAUCUUCACCUGCCAUUCACUCCAGGAGCUGAAUUUGCAGUUGGGGGUAACUCCUGAAGCUGUGUUCGGUUGAGAGGGAUUUGAAGGGGGUUUGGCAGGGAUUGAAGUGGAUUUAAUCCCCUACAAGUAAAAACCUCCCCAAAUCCCCUUCAAUCCUCUUGUGGAGGGGUGUAACCGAACAAGGCCUGAAGGUGAUUUCGACAAUUAUGGGCAUGUAAUGCCAUGUGGAAUCAACCUUCCUUCCCUCGGGAAGUUGACUCUGAGUGAUGUGAAAGUAUACCAGGAUUCUCUGGACGCUUUGAUUGCUCACAGCCCUCACCUGGAAGACAUUCAUUUGAUACAGCCUGCCAUGUUUCUUGACCUCAUAGCCUCCAAGGUGUUAAAAAGGCUGACCAUUGAUGGCUACAUAGAUCCACACAAGGGUUUUACAAUUUCUGCUCCUCAUCUGGUUAUGCUGGACAAUGAGUUGCCAACAUGCUCAGCAUUUCAGAGCCUCACAAGUCUGGAAAUCGGAGGAUGGCAUCUGGCUGAGGACCUAUACGCCGUGCUCCGCCUCCUUAAGCUUUCACCAAGGCUAGAAAAGCUCAAACUGGUGCAUGACUCGGGUAAAGGAGCGGGCGCGGAUGCUCAGCCAACAAACGGAAUGACCUUCGGGUGCCGGCUUCUUCACAGCGUGACGAUACAAUGCACCAACGGCGACGAAGGGGUUGACAAGCUGGUGAGUGUUGUGGUGGCGAACGGGGUCAGCCUGUACAAGAUACAUGUCACCAUGACUUACCGUGAGUAUAUCGAGAAGAGGGCCUCUGAGCUAGAGGAUAAGGCGUCCGUCGCUGAGGAACCGGCGAAGAAGGUGAGACUUUGCUGAUCAUCUGCAAGAAGAUGGCGAACUCCAGAGACCAUGGAGACACGCUGCUGAUCAUUUGAGCUGAGCAGGAUGGCAUCCACAAAUCACAAGCACGAACCGUGAUGAUUUUGAGAGCUGUUUACUGAGCCAUCCUCCUGCCUUGUGUCUCUGGCCUUUCCUUUUGUUCUGAGACUCCUACUGACGGAUUGUGUCUGUAUAUAUGCUCUACUGAUUUACAA